UUAGUAAUUGACCCCUUUGUUUUCUGGAAAGCAUCCAGUUUUGUGGAUGAAUUGGAUAAAGUAGAGUGGGAAGUGUCGAAAGGCCAAAAGCUCUGUGGGAAUUGAAUUCAAUCACUAGACAAUGGCGACAUUCGCUGCUUCAUCCUCGACUCUGCCCUCCAUAUCUACUCCCAAUUCUCACUGGAUUCGGCCUUCCAAGUCUUUACCCCUUCCAACUGCCGUCCACUUCCGAAGCCAUCAACUCUGCAUUUCUUUCAACGCCGUCGUGCUGAAGAGUGGGAAUUCCCGCGGCUCCUUAAGAUUGAGGUCAGCUGAGCAGGAUACCUUAAUCCCAGAGCAAGAAGAGCCCGUCGCAACCCAGGAAGACGCUGCUGCUGAACAGCAGACCGUGUCCGUCCCCGUCUCUCCUUCCGACACUCUUACCAUGUACUUCGAUGCGGAGGGAACCAUGAGCGACGCAGCUAUUCCCGCAGUGACCAGGGCUUUAGAGGGGACUGAAGGCGUUGGAAGAUUAAAGGUUCAAGUGCUCGAGGGUAUUGCCAGUGUCCAGUUAACAAAGCAAACCACAGUGCAAGCAACAGGAGUGGCGUCUAGUCUUGUGGAGCUCAUACAAGGUUCAGGUUUCAAGUUGCAGACUUUGAAUUUGAGUUUCGAGGACGAGGAGGAUCUCGUAGCUUAGAUCAAGCAAAUUUUUGUAAGCCAAACAGGAGAGUAAAAGUACUUCAAAGUAUGUAUCUCGUCAAGCUUGAAGAAAUUGUUUGUCUAUAUCAUUGUAUCUGAUAGGUUUGCCAAUGAAUUAUCUCGAGAUGAAUGGAGGAUAAUGCCAUAAUUCUAAUCCAUUCUUGAAAAGAUUGAACCUAGACUUGUUGGUUGCCAGCCUAUCGUCGAUGAUGGUGCCCUUGACAUCCUGACCAGUUGGGGACGCUAUAGCAUGUUUAGAACAGUGGCAGGUUGAACUUGUAUUAUUAUUAUUGUAAUAAUAUUAUUGUCAUCGCAAUUGACAUCGUUUGUUCGUCUUAAGAGUCUCAAGACCUGUUGCAGAAUGAAAUUGAAUGGGAAUAUUGAUGGAUCA